GGAGGAAAGGAUCCGGAAUAUAACAUCCAAGUAGAGCCAUCAUCAAAACCGGGUCCGCAUAACCAGAAUUUAGGUAAUCCGAAAAGACCCACCGGAAUUCUCUACCCUCCGGCCCCUGAGUUUAGCCUCGGAACCGAAUUAUCACAGCGACUUUCAAUAACGCAGAAUAGUGAUCGAAAAAGCAGCAGCGCAAAAUGAAGACGACGAAAGGAGGCAAAGUCAUGAACCCUACCGACGCUUAUCGCAAGGAACAACGCAAAAGGGAAUUGAAAAGGAACAAGAAAGAGAGGAAGAAAGUGAGAGAAGUGGGUAUAUUGAAGAAGGAUCCUGACCAACUAAAAGAUCAGAUUCAGAAACUAGAAGUGAUGAAGGCGGAGGGAGCUCUAGACAAAGCAAGGAAACAUAAAAAGAGACAACUUGAGGAUACACUUAAUCUUGUUCUCAAAAAGAGAAAGGAGUAUGAAGAAAAACUGAAAGAAAAGGGCGAACAGCCAGUUAUGUUUAGUCACUUGGGCCCUCCUCGAAGGCGGACCUCUGCUGAAGAGGAAGAAAUGGCCAAGCAUCCAAAACCUGAAGACUCAGUCUACUAUCACCCCACUCUAAAUCCAACUGGAGCUCCUCCUCCUGGAAAACCUCCUAUGUUUAAGUCAUCAAUUGGAUCUCGAGUACCAUUAUCUGUGGCUUCAUCAAGCGGUACAGCAUCAUCGUUACAGUUGGAUGGAGAAGAUGGCAGCUUAUCAACUCUUCCUCCACCACCUCCACCACCUCCAUUACCCCAGAGUGGUGAUGCAGAUUCUGUGGAUGUGUCUGCGAUGCCUGCAUCUUUACCUUUACCUCCUCCACCUCCUAUGCCCCCAAAGCCUGUGACAGAGAUGAGCACUUCAUUGCCACUGCCUCCUUUGCCCCCACCACCUCCUGGCCCCCCACCAAAGGAACAGGUUGCUGUUCAUCUUCCACUUCCUCCACCUCCUGCACCUCCCCUUCAGCCAUCUGCUCAACCUCCUCCUCCCGGCACUGGUGGAAGUGAAAGGGAUAGAAAUAACCUGGACAAUCCAGCUUCCGUAGAACUAAUGCAGCCUCCUCCUCCACUGGGCUUGCCAUUGAAGUCAGAUGGCACAUCUGUUGAAUCUGAUGCUAAAGCUUCCUCAGAGACAAAAGAUCAUGUUAGAUUGCCACCGCCACCUCCGCCACCUCCAAGGCAACAGCCUUCAGUUCCUGGAGCUGCCAUGGUCUCAACUUUGCAUAAUGAUGUAUUACCUCCUGGACUUCCUCGGUUCCCUCCACCCCCACCCCCGACCGACAUGCGGCCACCACCUGGAAUUGCCGGCCAUCCUGCUCCACCUGGAGUCAUGCUCUCGCUUAUGCCAAGACCACCUUUCGGACCUCCUCCUGGUCCUCCACCAAUGAUGAGACCACCACUUCCGCCUGGUCCUCCUCCUUAUCUACCAGAUGGUGCCAGACCACUUGCCACUCAGAAGCCAUCAUAUGUUAAAUCAGCUGCUUCAACUGUUGUUAAGAGGCCUCUAGCUCAGCAUACACCAGAACUUACAGCUAUGGUUCCUGCCUCUGUGCGUGUUAGGAGAGAAUCUGCAGUUCCAAAACCCAAACCAAAGUCAUUGAACACGAUUAUUGUCAACCAGCCAGCAGUAACUCCAGCUGUUGUCAAGCAUGAAUCAACUAGCGCAUCUGCACCAAAACCUCAAAGCAUUGAUGACUCGUAUACAGCAUUCUUGGAGGACAUGAAAGCACUUGGUGCUCUUGAUAGCUGAAUUGAUAGCUAUUAGCAAUAGAAUCAGGAUAGCAGUCAAGAGGAAAGAAAUGCCAACGGGCAAUUUGAUGGAUCUUCAAUGGUUACUUGGGCCAUCCCUCAUGUUCUUGGUGUCCAUAACUUUAUGAUGCUUCUACGUGUCAACCAUCUCAUAACUUGCGUAAAUGCAUCGUGGUGGCUUCUGUAUUUUUCAUUGUCUUUCAUUUUCCCCCCUUUAACAGGCAAUAUAUGCAUUAGCCUGAAGUAGGUAGGAAAAUAUUGUAAAAUUGAUUGUCUAAAAGAACACUCUUUAGGCUACUAGUUGGUUUGCUGCUGCUCAUUUGACUGAUGGUUUCAACUUUCAACUCUCAAAUAGAGCGUCUGACUGCCAAAUUAGCCAAUCUGCAAGUAUUUUGGAUCAAUUAUGGCUGAUUUGACCGAUGUGUGGAGUUGCAAUAUUGGAGUCUUGGAUAUUGUCCAAGGAAAAUGCACAUCAGGGGUUUACUGACAUUAAUAUUUAUUUAUUCAGGUUGAGGAUUGGUUUCUGCUUCUAAAAGAGGUGUUGCUUAGUGUCGGUUGCCUGGCAUUUACAUUUGGUUUUGGUUCAGUUUUUGGAGAACAUACUCAGAGGUUCUCUUUUUGGAUUAGUUUAAGGAUGCAUAUAUCUGUUACAAGUAAACAAGACUUCGAAAAUGUUUCCUUUAGAUGUA